UUGAAAGACGAUUGUCUCUUGCUUUACCUUUUUCUUUUUGAGAAGUGCUCCCGUGCUCCCAGAGCACCAUAAAUUAUAGUGCUCCUAAUUGCGUUGAGACACACGUAGAUAGUUCAAUCAAUUAAUCUUAGAUUGUUCAUUUGACCAUCACAAAUUUCAUGGGCUAUCCUGCAAAAAUCACACUGAUCUGAUGAUCCAAUGAUGCUUAAUUUAUCUUCUUCUUUUUCUAAGCCCAUUUCAAUCUUUUUAAAGAAUGGGAUGGUUAGAAUUUCCUAACAUUCAUUUAGAAUCAUAAGCACUCCUGGGUCCUAACGAAUAUAUUAAUUGAAUUGUUGAUUGAACCUAUUUCCUGUGAAUGGCCUUCACCGUCCAUAUUAAAGGUGUUGAUCAAAUGGUUAACAUUUGUGUAAUCAACAUGAUGCUUGCAUGUCAGCCCACAAAAUGUGCUCGUUACCAAGUGAAGAGUCUAGAUCAAAGGAUUAGUCUGUUUCAGUGACCCAAUGUAGCCAGGAGCACUACAAUUCACCGUUACUCUGAGAGCAUUUUUCUUUGUUCUUUCACUUUCCUCUUUAUCCCAUUUUUCCUACUUGUGGCGGACGACCAAAAACUCAGUGGGAUAAGAGGCAUCAAUGCCAGCUACCGUGUGAAGAAGAUAUUAUAGUGACGGUUAGAUCUGAAGCUCUAUCAACCUUGUUAGCAUGGCUAUCAAGUUGAAGCUGCUAAUUGACAAGGAGAAAAACCGAGUGGUGCUUGCCGAAUCCGAUAAGUACUUUGUUGAUAUCCUCUUCAGCUUCUUGACAAUACCAAUAGGUUCUGUGCUGCCACUCAGCAGCCAGAAAUCCAAUCUCGGAUCCAUGGAUGCAUUGCAUGAGAGUGUAGAGAAUCUCGAUUCUGAGUUUCUACAGACAGAGGCUGUGAAGGAUAUGUUGCUCCGCCCGAGAAGCACAUGGGAAGCUCGAAUCAAAGAUCCAGCGCUGAAUGUCCAUACGGACCUUACAAAGUGUUACAGAUGUGUUAAAACAUCAUGUGUCACAGGGUCCCACCCUUUUAUCAGUACUUUUAGAAACACCCGAUGUCCCUGUGGAAUAGCGAUGGAUAAAGAGGUAGUUUUUAAGAAGUCAAAACGGGCUGUCAAUGAGGGAGCCUUUCUGAAGGGAACAAUGAGGUUCGUGAUAAGCGAUGAUCUAUGGGUGGGCCCCAUUUCCACGAAAACCUGCCUGUCGAUGCUUGACAAGCUUGGAAUCAGGGACAGGACCAUUCUCGAGGAGAAAAGUGUGGAUGUAGGUGCCGAUGAGGCUUUGCAUAUACUGAGACGAAUGUUGGUCUCCAACACACCUUUGACGGACAAGUUUCUGCCGAAGACAGAGGGUCUCGAGGAUGCUUUUUACGCUGUAAAGUUGAUCCCUGGAGAGAUAACAAUAGAUAAGAAAGACACUGGCAAGAAGAUGAGUGUGACGCUUCUGAUCAGUGAAUCCAAGAACAAAGUGUUGUACGCAGAGGCCACAAAUGACUUCGUGGACCUUCUGUUCAGCUUCCUCACCUUCCCUCUUGGGUCCAUGGUAAAGCUUUUGGGCCCAGGCUCUUCUAUCAGAUGUUUGGAUAACUUGUACAAAAACGUGGAAGAUUUGAGCAGUCACGAUGAUUGUAUUAUAUCUGAGGAAUGCAGGGCCAUGCUACUUGACCCGAAGCUAGUGCUUCACUCGGGGUGUGAGAACCAGCUACUGCCGAUCAUGGAGGCAGGCCCUAAGACAAUCGACACUUCAGAGACUAUUUGUUGCACUUUCUGUGGUGCUGAUGGGUACAGCCACAAUCGUUACUGCUCACAUCCGCGGAGCCUAGUCUUGCAUUUCAUAAAUCCAAAGUUGAGUGAUGCAGCCUCGGAGUGUGGAGGAGGAUUUUUGAAACGAUCGAAGACCACAUUUAUGAUAACAGAUGGAUUAGAUGUGAAGCCCCUAUCAUUUAUUUCAGCCAUUUCCAUCCUUGCCAGAUUCGAUCUGCCUAUCAGCGAUGUACAGGAGCGAGUAGUAAGCGUGGGCGAGGAGGAGGCGCUCUCUCUACUGAAGGCUGCUGUCUUCUCCAGAACAGUUCUAAGCGAUGUCUUCUGUCAGAAGAAAGUAAAUCAAUCUGAUAUCAAAUUGGAACGCGAAUGACAAUCUCAUCUAAAUGACUAGGAUCGUCUUAUUUUGAACCAUGCACUACUUAUUAUGUCAUCGAGAAGCAUAUCCACUCACUUUGGUUCUUAUAUAAACUUGGAUUUGUAACUGAUGUGAGGGUGUUGGAAGCUUGACAGGCCACACUUGCUAACAUCAGAAUUAUGGGACAUCUAUAAUUCAUA